AUGACCUUCGACACCGCCUCCAAGCCUCGACACCUUCGAGACGACGCCGCAAUCCUCAAGCCCAGCAUCAUCCCGCAAUCGCGCGAGACCGGCCAUGUACUCCCCCAAUCCCAGCCCGCCGGGGCGCCGGUGACGGUCAAGCAAUCGCCCUUCGCGAAGUCAUGGGCGCAUCUCAUAGCCGGAGGCCUCGGCGGCAUGGCCUCCGCAACCCUCACCGCGCCCCUCGACGUCCUCAAAACCCGCCUCCAAAGCACCUUCUACCAGAACCACCUCGCCGCCUCCCGCACCGCUCGGGGCCUUCCCCCCAUCGAAACCAUGUCCCUCGCGCGCUCAUCCCUCCUCCAUGUUCGCGAGACCUUCCAGAUCCUCUUCGAAGUCCCCGCCGCCGAGGGCUGGCGAGCGCUGUUCAAGGGCCUAGGCCCCAACCUCAUUGGCGUGGUCCCCGCGCGCGCUAUCAACUUCUACACAUACGGCAACGGGAAGAGAAUUAUCGCGGAAUGGGGCAAUGGCGGUAAGGAGAGCGCCUGGGUGCACCUGUGUGCCGCAGCCAGCGCGGGGAUUGUAACGGGCACAGCGACGAAUCCGAUCUGGUUAGUGAAGACGCGGUUACAGCUCGACAAGUCAACGCACUCCGAUGGGAAGGGGCGGCAGUACAAGAAUGCGCUGGACUGUACAAUGCAGACGGUGCGGAAAGAAGGAAUCAGAGGAUUGUACCGGGGACUGAGCGCGAGCUACUUGGGCGUAACGGAGAGCACGCUGCAGUGGGUGCUAUACGAGCAGAUGAAGCUGCGGCUGGCGCGGCGGGAAGAGCGCGUCCAAGCGAGGGGAGGCCUGCCGACGUGGUGGGAUGAGACGGUGCAGUGGACGGGGAAGCUGGGGGCGGCGGGAAGCGCCAAGUUUGUUGCGGCGUUGAUCACGUAUCCGCAUGAGGUCGUCCGCACCCGCCUCCGCCAAGCGCCGCUAGAAAACGGCGCGCUCAAAUACACCGGGCUCGCGCAAUGCUUCAAGCUCAUCUUCAAAGAAGAAGGCAUGGUCGCGCUCUACGGCGGGCUCGUCCCGCAUAUGCUCCGCGUCGUCCCCAGCGCGGCCAUUAUGUUUGGAACCUACGAGGGUGUGCUGAAGCUAUUAGGGACGUCGAGUAACGUCGACUAG